CCCUGAUUGUUGGAAAACAUAACCCGCAUCCAAGAUGCCAAGUUGUCAUCAACAGCUGCUUCCAGCUCAAAACCAAACUGAGUCCUAUUUUCAAAAACAAGUAGCUUAAAGCCCCUCUCCCAUGUACAAUGCUUCCUAACAACAUGCAGCACCAAUACUGGGUGACAAAGAAAAGUGUUCUGAGAAAGUUGGGAGGAAAGGAGGAUGAGUGCGUCAUUUCUUCGGACGCUGAGCUCGAUGCUAAGCUGGAGCUGUUCAAAUCUGUUAACGACAGCUGCAUGCAGCUUCAGCGAGUAAUUGAUCUUUAUCAGGAGCGACUGUGCUAUUUGGCUCAAGAAGAAAACGCCCUGGGAAGAUAUCUCAAAGAAUGCGGCAAAAAUGAGAAGAACGCCAGCGCCGGCCAGCUAAUGGCAACAGCUGGAAAGGCUCUGGCCUAUACAGGGCAUCAGCGACUAACUGUUAGGCCCCCCUUGGUGCGGCUGCACCAUGAGGUGGAAACCUUUCGAGUACGGGCAGUGACAGACACCAGAGUAACUGUCUCAGAAAUGGAAAAAGCCAGAACUGAGUACAGAGCAGCGCUGAGCUGGAUGAAAUCGGCGUCCAGCCAACUGGACCCCGACACUGGACAUGGCUUGGACAAGUUCAGAAAAGCCCAGUCCUACGUGAAAACCAGCAAAACCAAAUUCGAUCGAUACACAUUGGCGUGUUUGCAGAAAGUCGAUCUACUCGCUGCUGCCCGAUGCAACAUGUUUUCGCACGCGCUCGUUCCCUACCAGAACGCUUUGCAUGUGUUUGCAACGAAAGCACUGGAAACCUUAACGAUAGCAGCUACCAAAUUGCUGAAAGUUGAGCCUUACGACUUCAGCGCCGUCACUGGAUUGGCCGAAUCCCCGAAAGAUCAACCCGCAAGCAAAAAACCAGAGAUUAGUGAAGAGCAACAGUCGAGCGACGACAAAGACCGAAACACCUUCUUCAAUGCUGAAUAUUCCGACAACGCUGCCAGCAAAGACCGCGGAAGCGCAAGCAUGUUGCAAGAAGAAGCACAGGGGGAAAAGGAGGAACAAACCUCCAACCUGCUGGGGGAUGAUUUCGCCCUGCCACCCAUCCCAACCCCGAACGAAAUCGACCAAUCCAAACCCAGCGCAGCCCUACUGGACUUCGGGCUCAGCUCAACCGCCGACUCUUUGGCGGAUCUGUUGGGAAAUGGGGCCAAUUUCAUGCCGUCGAGUCUCAUGCAAGAUGGGGCCUUAUACGACUUCAACAAGCCGCAAGACUUUCAGCCUUUCGAAGGUAGUAAAACGGCGGAAAGUGGCAAAAAGCCCCCGGAGUUAACAUCGCAAGGCGCCGAGAAAGCCGGAAAUCACAUGUCGUGGCUGAGUCUUUUCGCCGAACUGGAUCCGCUAGCCAACGGCGUUUUGGAGAAUAAUUUGGCUGGUGAUAGAGCGUAAUUUUCAGCUAAGUGAUCGGAAUAUACCAUACUAGUCAUUCCAUGUUUUUCGGAGCUUUGAUUGCGCUUGUUGUGUCUGGUUUGGGAGCGUUCAAGCAUUAUUUAACUAUACAUUUGCCUCCAGAUUAGCACAGCUCGGGGAGGUUUCAUUCAAGAACGUCUGAAAUGUGCUUGCAAAACCGCAUUUUAAAGGAAUAAUUUGCUAGAUUAGUGUUAGCUUUAAGGGCGGCAUAAAACUGCUGUUCCAUUCGACAUUGUUUUUUCACUUCACCGUUUGUUUUGCACUCUAGUCUAAUAAAUCCAAAGAAUAUUUUAA